AUGGGAAUUACCAUUAUCUGUCCACCCAGAAACGGGCUCCUAUUAAGCCCUACUGACGAAAGCGAAAAAUCGGGCGAAACUGGCGAAAUCGGCGCGUCCAGCAGCAGACGAGGCGCAUCAGGCCGUUUGGGCACGUCCGGAGCUGGCCCGGCGAUUCGGAAAGGCUCGCCGAGCCUGAGCCGCGCCAGGCUCGGGUUGGGGGAAAUCCGGCUGGACCUGGGCGCGUUGCACGCGCGCACGGAGCGGGAUUUCAACGCGGAGGCGAUGGAGGUGCGCGCGCGCAAGGAGAAAUUCGCGUUCUUCGAGAAGGACUGCAGCCGCGUGCUGGAGCACGUGUUCGUGGGGAGCGAUUAUGUGGCAAGAAGCCCCGAGAUCUUGCGCGAGGCGGGUGUCACCCACGUGCUCAACUGCGUGGGAUUCGUGUGCCCCGAGUACUUUCCUGGGGAUAUCGUGUACAAGACGCUCUGGCUGCAGGUGAGAAGGGAGGAAGGUGGGGGGAGGGGAGUAAGGAUGGGGGGGAAAAGGGGGAAGCUGACGGUGCUGCUGACGAUACCACCCCUCUGCACCCCUCCGUUUGCCCUCCUCUCCCCCGUCCUCCCUAUUUGUACAGGAGAAGACAUAACAUGUGUGCUGUACAACGUGUUUGACUACAUGGAAGGGGGUGAGAGAGAGGCUACGGACAACACAGCAGAGGACAUAACAUGUGUGCUCUAUGACGUGUUUGACUAUAUCGAAGGGGUGAGGGAGGGCGGGGGGCGCGUGUUCGUGCACUGCUGCCAGGGCGUCUCGCGCUCCACGUCGCUUGUUAUCGCCUACCUCAUGUGGACACAGGUGGGCAGAGCAGUGCAGGAGUCUUACAACGAAUUGAUGGAGUUUGAGGAGGCGUUUAGGCGGGUGAAGGCGGUGAGGGGAGUGGCGAGUCCCAACAUGGGCUUUGCGUGUCAGCUGCUGCAGUGGCAGAAACGCGUGCUGCCGCCCAAAUCCGCCCCUUCUGCAGCAGCAGCAGCCCUCCCAACGCCAGCAGAUUCGCCAGCAGCAGCAGCAGCAGCGCUGGCAUCGUCUGAAGCGUCGGGCGGCGUGGUUCGGCAGCACAUGUACCGCAUGGCGCCGCAUUCUCCCUACGACGCCCUCCAUCUGGUGCCCAAAACCGUCCCUUUCGCCCGCCACUCACUCGACCCGCGCGGGUGCUUUCUGGUGCAGGUGGGAUCUGCUGUGUUCUGCUGGGAAGGCAAGCAGUGCCACCCCCUUAUGGCCCAGCAGGGGUUGGCUACCGCCAGGCAGAUUAUCAAGUAUGAAAGUCUGGGCGGGGAGGCGGUUAUGGUGACGGACGGGCAGGAGCCGGAAAGUUUUUUGGCUGCCCUUGGGGAUGGGGGUGUAGGGCGGGAGGGGAGGGUGGGUGGGGGGAGUGGGGCAGGGGCUGAUGCUGAGUUGAUGAAACCCAAGCCAACAACCCCGCGUAAACCCAAAACGCCAACCCCUUCCGCACCCAAACCAAGCACAUCACCCACACCUGCGAGCCCUCUUGUUCCCUCGCUGCCUCACGCUGCCUCUGCCCCAAACGCCUCGCACACCCCCACCUCUCCUGAACCUCCCAACCUCUCUUCUCAGCUCACGCCCCCGAACCAGCCCUCCACAUCUGCCGGACCUAGCCAGAAGUCCGGGUCUCCGGGCUUCUCUGCCUACCGAACCUCGUCCUCGCUCUUAGGCUCGACCUCUCUCUUUGGUGCGGUGGACAGGUUCGCGCAGAAGCUUCGGCGCCGAAGCUGGGACCGCAAGGAGGCAGAGCAGCUUCGGAAGAUGGCUGCAGCUGCGGAAAAAGAAGUAUCAGGAAGGAAAGAGAAGGGGAAGGAGGGGAAGGGUCGUAAAAGUGACAGCCCUUCAGAAGGAAAAGAAGCAGUAGCAGGAGACGCAGAGGGAUCAGGAGGAACGGGUAGGAGCAGGAACAGUGAGGGGCGUGCGAGGAGGAGUGAGAGUCUUUCAGAGGAGCAGCUAGAGGCGCUUGCAGGACAGCUGCGGUGCGGGGGUCUGCUAGAUCCCUCUGAUAUCCGCCUUCGCCGCCCCUUCCUGCGCGGGCUGGGCCGCACUGGGGGAGGCUCGGACUGGGGCAGGCGGAAACUGGCUCAGGAGGAGGCGGGGAGGGAGGAGGAGGACGGGUGUGGGGCGGGUGAGGCGGUGGAGGAGGGGGAAGGGAGGGUGGGAGGGGAAGGGGAGGAAGGGAGUGUGGAGGAGGAGAAGGAGAUAGGGGAGGGGAGGGUGGUAGGGGAGGAGGCAAGGGGGGGAGAGGAGGGGCGGGCGGACAGGGGGAGGGGGCGGGAGCGGAGGAGGAAGGGCGAGGGGAGGGGCAUGCGUGGCCUGUCACCCAUGCGCCUGCUGGCGAAGCUGUCAGGCGCAGCAGGGGGGGAGAGGGAGCAGAGGGGGGCGGAAGAGGGAGGAGGGGACACAAAUCCCAGGCCAGCACCCGGUGCAUCUGCAGCCGCACCUGUUCCCAUCCGAAUUCCAAACCGAAACCUUGUGCUAAACUCACCCGCCCCUCCUCCAACUGAAUCCUCCUCCUGCUGGUCUGCCCUCCCCCGCUCUCAGUAUGACACCGACUUUGAUUACUUUGAAAAGGCUCUCACGGGCGGCACGCCUCGUCCUGUAGCAGGCUUCGUCUCCCUCUCAGCCAAGCCGAACGUGCUGCCACACAAGGGUCGCGGGUGGCUAUCUAACGAACCCACCUGGAAUGACAACCCCUCAGGUUCGGCAGCUGGUUCGGGCAUAGGCUCGGUAGGAGGGAAUGCAUUCGGGUCCAAGGAAUGGCCGAGCUGGAUUCCAAAGAACAGGUUCGGGGCGCUAGGCUUGGCAGGAGGUCCGGGGCUGCCGUCUCCGUCGUCGUUCUCCCCCCGUUCACUCGCAUUCUUCCCCCCUGGAGGCAUGGGCAUAUACGGGCAGGAGCUGAUGCGGUCCGUGCCCAAGGCACAGCAGGAGGGGGGAGGGCAGGGAGGGGACCAGGGAGUGGGACAGGGUCAAGAACAGGGAAAGGAGAAUGGUGGGGCAGAGUCAGAUGCAGGUGCUAGUGCAGCUGCCGAUCUUCCCUCAGCAGCACAGGGAAUGGGGUCAGGAGGGCGUGGGAAUGUGGAAAGUGGGGGGGUGGGGUUCACCCCCAGGGGGGCGGGUCGCUAUGGGGGGUUCUCUCAGAGAGAGCUGCUCACCACCCCUCGUGGCGCCAGGUCAUCCGUCAAACCGCCCUGGGAGAACACGGGCAUUAACUUCGACGCGUACGAGGAUAUCCCCGUCGAAACCAGCGGAGACAAUGUCCCCCCAGCCAUCACUGCUUUCGACGGAUCGGGCCUCCAGCCGGCGGUGAUGGAGAACGUGAAGCGCUGCAACUACUCCAACCCCACGCCCGUGCAGCGGCACGCCAUCCCCAUCUCGCUCGCGGGCCGCGAUCUCAUGGCGUGCGCGCAGACGGGCUCCGGCAAGACCGCCGCCUUCUGCCUGCCCAUCAUCUCCGGCAUCCUCGCGUCCGGGCCCCCGCCCGACCGCCCCCGCUUCGGCCGCAAGGCGUUCCCGCUCGCGCUCAUCCUGUCGCCCACGCGCGAGCUCACCAGCCAGAUCCACGCGGAGGCGUGCAAGUUCGCCUACAAGACCGGCCUGCGCGCUGUCGUCGUUUAUGGCGGUGCCCCUGCCGGCCAGCAGAUGCGAGAGCUGGAGAAGGGAGUUGAGAUCCUCGUCGCCACGCCUGGAAGGCUGUGCGAUAUGCUGGAGCGCGGAAAGGUGUCCAUUACAAUGGUGCGCUACCUGGCCCUGGACGAGGCCGAUCGCAUGCUGGACAUGGGCUUCGAGCCGCAGAUCCGGCGCAUCGUGGAGCAGGAGGGCAUGCCGCGUGCGGGCGAGCGCCAGACGCUCAUGUUCUCCGCCACCUUCCCCAAAGAGAUUCAGCGCCUGGCCGCGGACUUCCUGGCCAACUACGUGUUUCUCACAGUGGGGCGCGUGGGGUCAUCCACGGACCUCAUUCAGCAGCGCGUGGAGUAUGUGCCGGAGCAUGACAAGCGGUCCGUGUUGAUGGAUUUGAUCCACGCGCACCACACUUCAAAUGGUGCUUCCGGAAACGCGGGGAAAGGGGGGAGACUGGGUGAUUGUCCAUGGGAGUUGUUCGAAGCACUGUCAUCAGAGCCACCCCUUUCCAACAUCUCCACCCUUGCGCCCUACGCGCUCUCUCAUUUCAUCAACCACCUCCCCUCCCCACCAACCACAUCACAGGGCGGGCUGACGCUGGUCUUUGUCGAAACCAAGAAGGGAGCCGACUCUCUCGAGGACUGGCUGUGCCGUAACGGCUUCCCCGCCACCUCCAUCCACGGCGACCGGUCCCAGCAGGAGCGCGAGUCCGCGCUGCGCUCCUUCCGCUCCGGCCGCACGCCGAUCCUGGUCGCCACUGACGUGGCGGCCCGAGGCCUCGACAUCCCCCACGUGAGCCACGUGAUCAACUACGACCUGCCCUCUGACAUUGAUGACUACGUGCAUCGGAUCGGGCGUACCGGGCGUGCCGGGAAGACCGGUCUGGCGACGGCGUUUUUCUGUGACAAGGACACGAACCUGGCUCGGUCGCUGAUAGAGUUGAUGAGUGAGGCGAACCAGGAGGUGCCCGGGUGGCUGCAGAACUUCGCGUCGCGGUCGGGGUAUGGCGGCGGGGGGAAGGGCAGACGAGGAGGUGGGGGGAACCGCCCUGCUCUGGGCUCCUUGCAGCUGCAGCUGGCACUGCCAUAG